AUGCGUGUCGCAAUAGUAGGUACUUGCGGUCUGGCGUUGCUCAUAGCAAAGAGAAUCCACGAUUCUACCAGUCAUCAACUUGUCAUACUAUCAAGAAGCCAUCGAGCAAGUCUCAUAUCUCGAGGAUAUCAAUGUCAAGUCGUCGACUACAAGAACCCGUCUUCUCUUCAGCACGCACUGAUGGGUAUUGAUACUGUCAUCUCCACAGUGACUGGCAACUCGCAACUUCGGCUCAUCGAGGCAGCUGUACAAUGUCGGGUGCGUCGAUUCGCCCCCGCUGAAUUUGAAGGUCAGCCAGUGCUGCGAGGACAAAACAAUGUGUUGGAUCGUGGCAAAAGUGCUGCUUUGGCUCUAUUGCAACAUUACCGAGCGUAUAUCCAGUCCACCGUUUUUGUCUGCGGCAUACUUUAUGAACGCUUUGCUGUAAACGGGAUGUUAUCAUGUGGCAUUGGUGUCAACACAGGUUAUGGAAGAGAAGGAGACUACAUUGCUGACCCGCGCAAUAUGAUCGCUGAAGCACCAGCGUACGACGCUGCUCAGAAUAACGCGUGUCUGUGCUUGACGUCCGCACACGAUGUGGCACGCUUUGUGGUCAGAUCUUUAGAGAUGCCGAGCUGGGCUCCAGAGAUGUCGAUGAACGGUGAGAGGACGACGGUUCACGCACUCGUAGAGACCAUCAAGGUUUGCAGAGGGCGACAGUGGAACAAUAUUGUAUGGGAAAAUCCUGCCACUCUUCAGUACCAAAUUCAUAUGGCCCAGAUGGCAGGAGAUGUACCUACGCAGCGGCGCCUUGCUACACUUGGUGCCACAGCAGAAGGGCGUUACGACUUUGCUUCGCCGGCAUACCUCAACACAUGCUUCCCAGACAUUCGGCCAGUCGCUUUUCGAGACUGGUUCUUACAGAACUGGGCUUUGGUGCCUUGA